GAGAUCUCAGACACUAAUGAAUGACUGUGUGAGUUAAAAGCAAAAAGGAAAGCAAGCUGGAGGGAGAAAAGGAGACUCGGGCCGUGGAGGCCGAGGUCGAUGAGGAUGACGGGACGUUCACUAACAUCUCUCUGGCGGACGACACAGCAGACAGUGGAUCUGCAGCCCUGUAUUCUAGACAGGAGACCGAGCUCUUCAUCAUGAACUGUGACAUAGAUGGUGACAUGGAGAACCAGGUGGAGAGGGAGGAGAGGACGAGGUUAAUAAAUCAGGUUUUGGAACUUCAGCACACACUGGAAGACCUGUCAGCCCGGGUGGACGCAGUCAAGGAAGAGAACCUGAAGUUAAAGUCUGAGAACCAGGUCCUGGGUCAGUACAUCGAGAACCUCAUGUCAGCCUCCAGCGUCUUCCAGACCACCGACACCAAGAGCAAACGGAAGUGAGGUACCCCCGGGAAAGAGCUGAAGUCCCAGACUGGCAGCUGGGGGGAGGAAACCCAGCGUGGAGACAUGGAGAGGGCUCUGUUUUCUCAGCAGACCUGGGCUUUUUUCCUCCAACCGGUCUCACUUAGCUGAGUCAAAACUAACAAGGUAAUAAUCAAAAACAUAAACUGAACCCAUCCUGCGGACCCUAAUUAAAUGUUAUUGUUGCCCAGGUCUGUUUUGCAGCAGUGUCCUUUCCACACCACAGACGAGGUAGACAUCACCCUUUGCUCGCUAACACAAGAACAGAACCAGAAUCAGUUUGUGGUUAAGGGUCAGUCGUACCUUGAGUUUCUCCUUAAUGCUGUCUGUUAAAGUAGAAUCUGUAAAAUAAUUCAUAGCUUGAGCCUGUUUUACCUGCUUGGUUUUCUGUUUGAGGACUAUUCUAAUUUUCUGUGUAUUUUCCCAACUUUCUGACACAGUGCCCCCGUCUCAAACUGACCUGUAAGUACGUGAAAACAAACCAGAAAAAUAUUACAAAUACUGUUUGACCUUGAGCCUCGUUUUCAGCACUGGUUUAUGUUAUUAUUUAUUUUUGUAAAGUAUUUUCUACGUCAGCUGGAUCUGAGUUUUUGGCAGGUCUCGGAUGUCAUCUUGUAUAUGUAAAGCACGACUGUAUUCCUCAGUUUAAAAGAUGGCAAACUGAACAGUAUUACUGAGAAUGAAAAAAUGCAUCUGGAUCGCAUGUACAAGUAUUACACCUCUAGAAUGGGUUUCUUUUUGCUUGACAGUUUAGUACGUCUGACGAGAUGUCAUUAAAUCAAUAAUCACUGAAUUGCGAACUGCAUAAAUCUCUGGAGAACUUGGUAGCAGUAGGAGGUAGAUACUAGAUACAUAUAUCUGCAGUACCAUCGAUGGCUCAGAAACAGUUUUGGUAAAAGCACAGAGAAACUAAAAGUUGUGUAAUCUAGCACUCCAUCCAAGUGUGGGUUUUAACUAACAUCAGUGAUGUUUUUAUUGCAAGUGGUUGAUUUUUAAAUCACAAUGAUGCAAAUUGUUCUUUCUGUUCUUAAAAGUAUUUGUAACCCUUUCCAUUUAUCAUGUCAUUGAUGUGUGAUGUGGCCCAAACUGUGAUGUGAUUGUGUCAGAGGAAAUGGUAGGGUCAUAAACGCAGCAGAGCUGUCAGAGACAAACCCUGCAUUAUUACAGUUUGUGUCCUUAUCCUGUAAUGGGGGAGGGGACGGAACGGGCCAAAUGACAUGAGGAGGAGGCAGUAUGGGAGGUAGAGGGGGGAAGAGAGAUGUGCUUUCGCCUUUAACUGCAAGACAAAAAAGCAGUAAAGAGGCCUUGAGUGCUAUUGAUCCACUCAGCCAGGCCUGGGAUACAUCAGCUGCUGGAGGAUGGGUUUGACCGUAAAUGUGCUGAUGUGGUCAGUGGACAGCAGAGUGGAGGGUGUGUCCCCCAUCACUGCUGCUGCUGCCUCAGAUAGAAAGACAAAAGGACUGAAGGUGGAAGGAGAUGGAAAGUAACGUAAUCUGGACAAACGAGUAUUCCCUUUAAAUAGAAGUCUCCAGUGGAGUGUCUGGAAAGCAGUAAUCCAUGUGUAAACAUCAGGUGACUGUGGUGCUGUCUGACAAGGGAGGAAGUGGUCACUUUACGGAAGGCCAUGAACACUGUAUAUGCUGUAAUUUAUUGAGGUUAUUUUGAUAUUUUUUAACAGUUGUACAGUACUAGGUCAUUAAUUUCUGUCUGGCAUGCUGAUUAUGCCCUAUCUACACACACCCUACCAGCUGUGUGUGUGUAGACACCCUGCACCUUUGCCUUUAAACGUUUUUGUUGAAAUAAAAAUCAAAGGUAA